CGCCGUGCCUUCUCGUUAAAGUUCCAACAAAGUGAGUGGGCCACUGCGUCUGCCAGCACUUCCACAGACUCUGUCUCUUCAGAGGAAUCAGGCAGUGUUUUGUUACCAGAGAAAGUAGCGGUGGCGUCAUUUAGAGAAGACGCGUCUUUGGCCAACAAAUACUGCAAGUGGUGAGUGAACUCCCUAAUUCGUCCGGAUAUGUUCUGAAUUUCAUACCCAUGGCUUACAAGAACAACAAUUUCAAGGGCAAAGGCCCUAAGGGUGCUUUGGUGGACUAUUGUCGCACGACCAGUUGCUUUGGAGAUCUGAAGGUCAAUGCCCUGGCUUGCUUGAACACCCAAGAUGAAAACCAAUUUCGAAAUAUCUUGGCAGAGGAGUGUCCAAUGGAUGAUGGUAAUGGAGAAUGGGCUAAAGGUCUAUUCCCUUUACCAGAGGACCAUUGGAUUAAUCAGCCCUAUGGGGAAGAACAAAGUUUCAAAACCUUACUUCAUUUGGCCAUUGAAAGGUCAGAAUUCCGAUUCAUUGAGGCACUAUUGUCCGCGGGUGCCAGAGCUGAUCAACAUAACGAGCUCUUGGGCCUAUCGCCCAUCCAUGUUGCUAUUGGAACGGGAAAUCUAGGCCUUGUUAAGACUUUAGUCGGCUAUAUGGACAAGAAACCUCGAAUUAAUAGAGCCAAGCUCAUGGCCUACAAUCGUGCGGGUCAAACGGCAUUGCACCUUGCUGCAUCCGGAGGCAGAAACGACAUUCUCACCUACCUUGUCGAACACCCUGAUGUGACCAAUGUGGACCCCAGAGAUCUAACAGGUGGGCAAACUCCUUUGUAUUUGGCCGCCAAGAAUGGACAUGCCAAGAGUGCUGAACUAUUGAUCGCUCAUGGAGCGCAACUAUCCCUCAAGAUCUGCGGCAAAACGGUGGAAGAUGUUAUAAAAGAAAAGAUGCCCUAUUUCGAUCCUCUUCGCGUCGACGUGAUUAGAAAGCCAUGCAUUCCCAUGGAUAUUGGCGAUCAUUUGAACACAAUCCUGGACCAAGCCCAAAUGAACCUGAUGAAGAAGCUCAGCAACUCCUGCAGCGUUCUGGAAUUUAUGAUCUUUAUCCAACAACUUAACCCUGAAGAAUUGAAUCAAGUCAAUGCAUGUGGAAUGACCUUAUUUCAGAAGGCCUGCGAUUACGGAUUGCAUGAACAUGUCCAAGCUAUGUUGGAUCAUGGUAUGAACCCGAAAGAAGUGUGUCCGGAAUGCUCAACAGCUCCUGUGCUAUUAGCAGCGGCCAAUGGUUGUCAUGAAGUUAUCCAGGUUCUGAAAGGCCAUAAAGUGGAAGGUAAAUCCGACGUGACGACCAAUUUCUCUGUGUUAGAAACUACUUCCGGGGAAUCCGUUUUAACUUGGGUUCUGAAGAAACCCAAACAGUUGAUUGGGACCACUUUUAGUUACGAGAAGUGUUUCAACAUCUUAAUGGAAGACGGCGGUCCAAAUUUCAACGCUGAAAUCACACGGAUUAUCAAUCAUAAAGACUCCUUGCAGAACACGCCUUUACAUUAUGGUGCUCAGCUUUGGAACCAGAAUGUGGUUCGGCAGUUACUUGAAAGAGGUGCCAACGUGGGAAUCCGAAAUAUCUGGGAGGAGACGCCCAUUGCUCUGAUUAUGCCCGAGACCAUGGAGUCCUUCUUAGACGAUUACUGCCUCCGAUCCAAGAAUGAGGUGACUCAUGACGACUUCUCCAUCGAGUUCAACUAUUCGUUUUUGGCUCCACCAGUGGAUGAUCCGCGCUUUGACGAGAAUGAUCUUGAGGGCCAGAAGAUGGUGGAGAAUGCUGCUUUGCCGGAAACUGAAUCACUUUGGUACAUGAGUCAGUCCAAACAUCACCGACAUCUCCUGAACCACCCGGUCGUCACGAGCUUCUUGUGGUUGAAGUGGCAACGGAUCCGGGGAUACUUUAACCGCAAUCUUCGAUUUUACCUCAUGUUUGUGGCUUGUCUGUCUUGGUACAUCUUCGAGAGGUUUGGAGGCAUAUCUUCCAGAUCCUCAAUCACAGAGGAGAAUGAUUCAUUUUGUGCCGAGCUCUCAUUGCGUCGGGACGACGGCCAUGGGUUAUGGUACGCUUUAUUUGCCUUUCAUGCCUGCAUUCAAGUGGCUUUGAUCCUCGGGGAUUGGCGGUAUGAUUGCAUUCAUUGUGAUCUCCGAACCAGUAUUCAGAUGUGUUUUACCGGUUGGUUGGAGGCUCUCACAGCUGCUUUGAUUUGUGGACUUCUCUACUUCAAAACCCACCUUCUCUGGACGAGUUUGACCAUUCUCAUGGCUUUACUAAUCCUUCGCGAGGUCCUGCAAAUGAGCGCUUCCUUGAAAAGGUACCUGGUCUCACCUGAAAACUGGUUGGAAAUGGUCAUGAUUGGAUUGGUGGCUUUCAUCCUUUGGGUUCCAGACGCUUUACUCGCGAAUCCCUGCGAGAUUAAACGCCAUCUCUCGGCCAUAGCGAUCAUUCUCUCUUGGGCAGAGUUAAUCACAUUAGUGGGUCGUCAUCCUCGCCUAGGCCGAUACAACAUUUACGUGACCAUGUUCUACAAAGUGCUGAAGACCUUUUUUAGGUUUCUCAUAUGGUACUCCUUUUUCAUACUUGCUUUUGGUCUUGGGUUUUACAUCAUGCUCCACAAGGAUAUCCCUGGCCAUGAUUUAUCGAAGGAUGAGUACCAGUUCUUCAAUUACCCAUGGUUGGCACUGGUCAAGACCUCAACGAUGUUUGUGGGCGAAAUCGAGUUCUCUGAUAUUCCUAUCGAUCUGGAGGGGAACAUGACUCAUAUUGGAUAUCUGUUUCUCUUGGCCUUCAUCUUUUUGAUUGUGGUAGUGCUCAUGAAUCUCCUCAAUGGUUUGGCGGUCAGUGACACCGGUAUCAUUCGAGAGAAGGCCCAAAUUGUGUCGGCCAUUUCCCGGGUGGAAACCAUCUCGUACAUUGAAUCUCUAAUGCUUGGAGAUCCUUUUGAUUUCUUAUCGAAUUGGCCACCAUUUUCUUUUGUCAAAGCCAUCCCAAGCUUGGCUAUUUGUCGGUGCUUGUAUCGAAAUCAGGCCAUUCGCGAUGUUUCUCAUAAGAUCACUGGAGCCACAGGAAUUCUUUUGUUCUACUCAAUGCUCCCCACAAAAACGAUGAUGAUCUAUCCCAAUAAGAGGUCUAACACGUGUUUCUCGCUCAUGAAAGACAUGUCUAAGGAGGUCAUAUCCGACGCCAAGACCAUCAUCGUUCGACGAGAAGAAUCAAAACGAUGGGAUAAGGAACGAUUCUCGAUGGAAACUCAAAUUCGGGAAUUGCGCGAGAAGAUGGACAAUGUUGAGGAAAAACUGGGCAAAAUUAUUGAUAUACUGGCACGAUGAUUGAAAUGCGCUUGCUUGAAUUACUCGAUAAACGUGUGAAUAAUUGCAUUAUCUGAUAACUAUUUGGAUUUAAACAAAUCAGAAUUUUUUCCCACCUGA